AUGACUGCUGAAACUAUGGCUCAAGAAGAAACCACCCAGAAAGUUGAGGUUGCUGUUGAAGAAGGUAAAGUUGUUGAUGUUGAAGCAAAGGAAACAUUGGAUGAAUCAAAACCCGCAAAGACAGUUGAGAAAUGUUCUUCUUAUAAAGAAGAAAGCAACUUUCUUUCUGAUCUUAAAGAGUUUGAGAAAAAGGCUUUGAUUGAGUUCAAGUCUAAGGUUGAGGAAGCGAUUUUAGGGAACUCUCUUUUUGAGAAAAAGGAAGAGGAGGAAAAAAAGGUUGAAGCUUUACCGGAAGGUGGUGAAGAGGGUGAGAAAGUUGUGAAGGAAGAAGAGAAUGUUGAGGGGGAGAACAAGAAAGGGGUUGAAGAGGAGGAGGAGAAAGAUUUGUCUUUGUGGGGUGUGUCACUUUUGCCAAGCAAAGGAGAUGAAGGAAUUGAUGUGGUUUUGUUGAAGUUUUUGAGGGCUAGAGAUUUUAAGGUGAGUGAGGCUUUUGAGAUGUUGAAGAAGACACUUAAAUGGAGGAAGGAGAUGAAAAUUGAUUCUAUUUUGGAUGAAGAUUUUGGUUCUGAUUUGGUUUCUGCUGCUUACAUGAAUGGUGUUGAUCGUGAAGGGCACUCUGUGUGUUACAACAUCUAUGGUGUUUUUGCAGGUGAAGAGAUUUAUCAGAAGAGUUUUGGGAGUGAAGAGAAGAGAAGAGAGUUUUUGAGAUGGAGGUGUUAUGUUACUGAGAAAUGGAUUCAGAAGCUGGAUUUGAAACCAGGUGGUGUUUCUUCUUUGCUUCAAAUCAAUGACCUUAAGAAUUGUCCUGGCCCUUCAAAGAAAGAGAUAAGAAUUGCUACAAAUCAAAUUGUUUCAAUUUUGCAGGACAAUUACCCCGAAAUGGUGGCCAAAAAUAUUUUCAUCAAUGUUCCAUUCUGGUAUUAUGCACUCAAUGCACUUUUAUCUCCAUUCUUAACUCAAAGAACAAAGAGCAAAUUCGUGGUGGCACGUCCUGGGAAGGUCACCGAAACAUUGAUCAAGUACAUUUCAAUUGAGGAGAUCCCCGUUAACUACGGCGGUUUCAAGAGGGAAAACGAUUCCGAAUUCUUCGGCCAAGACGCAACUGUUUCUGAACUAACUCUCAAGGCUGGAUCCACCGCAACCAUAGAGAUACCUGCAUUGGAGGCUGGAAACACUUUGUGCUGGGACAUAGCUGUUUUGGGUUGGGAGGUAAGUUACAAAGAGGAAUUUGUUCCCAAUGAUGAAGGAUCUUACACUGUCAUUGUUUCGAAAGUGAAGAAGAUAGGUUCACAAGAGGGAGCUAUUAGGAACACAUUCAAGAACAAUGAAGCAGGAAAGGUUAUUCUCACAGUUAACAACUCGUCGAACAAGAAGAAAAGGGUUAUGUACCGUUACCAGAUCAACAAGAACUCGCCAUGA